AUGAAAGAAAUUGAUGACAAUGCCAAAAAGGAAGCCAAUGAAGCCAAGACGGAAAUCAAAGAGUUGAAGAAGAAAAUAGAAGGCUUACAAAAUAGCCACGAAAAGGAAGCCAAUGAAGCCAAGACGGAAAUCNAUGAAGCCAAGACGGAAAUCAAAGAGUUGAAGAAGAAAAUAGAAGGCUUACAAAAUAGCCACGAAAAGGAAGCCAAUGAAGCCAAGACGGAAAUCGGAGAAUUGAAGACAGAGCUUGGAAAAUUACAUGAAAAAAUCAACAAGUUUGAGCUAUCUGAAGAGGAGUUGGUUAUUCGGCAACUCUGUUCAAGCGUUCAGGAAAAUCUCUUGAAGAUUGUACUCCAGGAAUAUUUCGACAAAUUUCAAAACAAAAGGACUCAGCAUAUGGAAAAUUACAUUUUAUGGCAAAUUGAAGACAAAGAUGAACAAGAUAAAGCAAGGUUAAGAUGGAAAGAUAUAAAGAAAGCAAUCAAGUGGGACGAAUAUUUGUUAAAACAACUAAAAUCGAUCAAAAUGGGUGGGAACGAAACUGCUCAUCCAUCCUUGACAGAAGAGAUCAUAGAUGCUGCGAAAAUGAACUUGAAAGAAAAGGGGAAGUUAGGAAAGCAUAUGGGCAUGGCAGUAGAUCAACUAAAAGCUAUAUUGAAACAAACAAACCGCAAGCUACGGCAAGGAUCAAGCUCCAAGGGACAAGAACAAGGUGGUCCAAGUGUUGUGUCUACCACAACACAAAGGCCUCCCACUGGUAGCUAUGCAAGCAAGGCUGCUGGAGGACUGGUAGAUUGUUUCGGUCCCAAACAAGCAAUACAAUCUCUUCCACGGCCUGCCUUUCAAAAAAGACACUAUAGUGGGGCUUGUUAAGAUAAUUUUUUACCUUAACAAAGCUAUUUCUGAAAUGAUAUUCUUUCGAUUGAAACUCUUCGCACCACAACUAAGUUUUAAUUUUCCGAAUUAAGUCACGUAAAAUUAUCAAUCAUAAUAAGGUUGACCUUAAACUAUCUGCAGCUAGUUUAAAACACUACAAUGAGCUAUCACAAAUCCUGCGCUCUGAUUAGCUGAGCUUGUUUAUUGGCGAUAGGGCCACUAGUAACGAAAAGAGCUGGUUUCAAAACCAGAACUUUGGAGUCUAAUUUGCCUUUUUAACCUUUUUUUAAACCCAUUUAUUUCACCGUUCAGUAGGUUUAGACUAAAACCUAACUAACGAUUAGACCUAUUGCCUAUUGCCUAUAACUAAAACAUAACUUCUUCGCUUUGACUUAAUUGAAUGACAAUGUAUGGCUCUCCCGUCUGAUAUCCAGACGUUAAACUAGACUGAGGGGCACGAGGUUAUAAUGUAACCCUCUCUAAAUAUAUUUGUCAAUUAUAUUUUCGAUUUUAAUUAACAUGUUAUACAUGUUUUUAUCGUACGCACAAAAAGAACUAUCACAUAAAGGCGCCUAGCUGGCCUACACCUACAUUGUAUAUUAGCUAGUGAAAAACAACAAGCAAGGGACUGGUUCUAGCUUGAAAAUCAAAUAAUUAGAGUAUUGUAGAAAAUUACACAAUCACAUAAAAGACCAGCUUCAAGCAAACUUAUUGACUAAGUUUCAGGGCUUUUUUUCAUAUACUAACAAUAUUAUGAGCAUAAAAACACUGCAUAAUUACAUAGAAAUGUAUCUAUGCCGUCCAAACACUUCGUCGGUAUUUUUAUAUAUUUUUUGAAAUAUCGUGGUGCCGUUAAAAAUGGAUGCUGAUCAGAAAUCUUUUGUUAAAUGGCACCAACGCUCCCCAGAGAGGCCGCGAUGACGUAACGUGCAAUCGAAAAAUAAAGGACAAAGUAGAAGUGAACUCAUUGAUUGCAGGGAUGGCAAAAAAUCUCUCCUUAGUUUAGAGCAGGUCAAAAUUGGGCGAAUCGUUUUACAUAAUUCCUUUAAAGUGCUACUCUGACGAAAAUCGCCCAAACUUGGAUUCAGCUGAAAAUUUUUUUUGAGCGAUUUUUGUCAUACAUAACCUAAACUGUUUAAGGGCGGGGGAGUUCACCACGCAUUCUGUUCCCGGGGAGUAGGGCUUUCACUGGCUUUCACGCACAGCAAAAGUGAAUGCCCCGGGUAUCCCCCAAUGAGGGGUCCUGGGGUUUCAAAUGACUGAUGCAUGAGUAACUUGCCUUGUAUUAAAGUGAUAUUUACUUGGUUA